AUGAAUUCGCAGGAUUUCAAACCUACAGUAUCGGAAAGUGAACACUCCACCGAGUCGUCUACUCACAACUCGACGAACCCGAAAGUCGAGACGUAUUUAGGCAUGUCGGGCCCCAAAUUGAACUACGCCAUUGCAACAUUUGCCGGCGUCGGCUUCCUUCUAUUCGGAUACGACCAAGGCGUCUAUGGAAGCUUGCUAAGUUUACCCUCGUUUGAAAACCAGUUCCCCGCGAUCCGCGCCUCGGCCAAUAGCACUUUACAGGGAGCCGUGAUUGGGGUUUACGAGUUGGGAUGCUUAGUGAGCGCGUUAUCGACCGUCUAUUUGGGCGAUCGAUUAGGACGAUUGAAGUGCAUGUUUCUCGGCUGCGUCAUCGUCUUAGUUGGUGCCGUGUUGCAAGCGACGGCAUACACCGUGGUCCACUUGGCGAUAGCCAGAGUCGUGACUGGAUUCGGCACCGGUUAUCUAACAGCUACUGUCCCCGUGUGGCAGUCGGAAUUGAGCAGAGCCAAAUCGAGAGGUAAGCUAAUUAUGAUGCAGGGAAGUUUGAUCACGUUGGGCAUCGCCAUUUCCUAUUGGAUCGAUUUCGGCUUUUACUUCAUAAACCGCAACGGGGCCGAUCCCCGUGGGAUAUCCUGGCGAAUCCCCGUUGUCUUGCAAAUUGUGUUCCCGAUUUUACUUUUGCCUGUUUGUUUCAAAUUGCCCGAAUCGCCACGUUGGCUUUGCGCCGUGGGCAGGAGUGACGAUGCACGAAGGGUGUUUAGCGCCAUCUAUGCCUUACCACUGGACGACGACAAGAUAUCUCAGCAAUUAGCCGAGAUUCAAAGCUCGCUAGACUUGGAAGCAGCAGCAGCAUCAACAUCAUCAACAACAACAACAACGAAACGGGACCCAUUUUUCAAAAUCUCAAAAUUGUUCAAACAGGGCCAGACUAGAAACUUCCAUAGACUAUGCUUAGCGUGCUGGUCUCAGAUCAUGCAACAAAUCUCAGGGAUAAACCUCAUCACAUACUACGCGGGAACCAUAUUCGAAAACUAUAUCGGAAUGUCGGCAUUCAACGCGAGGAUCUUGGCCGCGUGCAACGGAACCGAGUAUUUCCUCGCCUCGUUAUUCGGCAUACUCUUGAUUGAAAAAGUCGGAAGACGGAGAUUGCUCUUCUGGGGCGCCAUUGGCCAGGCCGUAACGAUGGCAGUGUUGACCAUUUCCGGUUGGCAAGCAAAGAAGUUGGGCGAUGAGGGCCGCGACAACACCGGCGCCGGUAUCGCAGCUGCCGUCUUUCUCUUCGUGUUCAACUCCAUAUUUGCCAUAAGUUACCUUGGAGGCACAUGGUUGUACCCGCCUGAGAUUGCAUCCUUGCAGCUACGAGCAGCCACUGCGUCCUUGCUGACGGCGCUGAACUGGAUCUUUAAUUUCUUGGUGGUGAUGAUUACCCCGAUUAUGUUCUCCAAUAUCGGAUACUACACCUACACCAUUUUCGCAUGCAUCAACGCCGCGAUGGCGGCUGCUGUCUUUGUGUUUUACCCUGAAACCAGUGGAAGGUCGCUAGAGGAGAUGGACCACAUCUUCAACAAGUGCCCCGUUAAUCAGCCUUGGAAAGUUGUCGGUAUUGAAAGGAAUACGCCCAAGAGGAGCCAUGAUGAGACUCGCGAUGGCGAUGUAGAGAAGCCUCUAGUUGAGCAUCGUGAGAACACCGAGAAGGAUUCAAGGAGCCUGCUGAAGGAAUAA